AUGGCCUCUCCCAGCUUGGCUUCAGGAGAAACCCCACCCGUCGAAUUGUCCAUUCCCUCCGCGGGCGCAGUAUGCGAGGUGCCAGCUUGCUCACCAACUUCAAUGACCGGUACUUGCCCUAUUUUCAGCCACCUGACAUGAUUUCUUCUUCCUUUUCCCUGCAGCUUUAGACUUUUUGCUCCCUCUGGUGGAUGAAGGGAAUAAAUCACACUUAAAUUACAAUUUAUCUUCUUCCUACCCUGAAGUAAACUUCUGUCACUCAAACAUAAAGACAUUUGAUGCUCCUCCUCAGAGUCUUCCCCUUUAGCAGCUUCCUCCUCUUUAGGCACUAUAAUGUCCAAUAAAGAAUCCUGUGGGCAUGAAUCCAUUUGAGAAGAAGGGGCAUCCAAAAGGCACUGCAUGAGCCAUUUAGCACCUCCACUGCUGAAUGCCCUCCUCUACACUUCCUCAAUCAAAUGCUCCAUUGCUAAUUACACAUAAAAUAAAAAGAACUUGCUGUAAAAGAAAAAAAAAGUAAAACAGCUCUACAGUUAACUUUGCUUCUUGCACCAAAUAUCACCUCAAAGUGCCUUAUAUAUUGCGUUUUUCCCACUCCAGAGCGCCCUCGCGGACAAGCACUACAUUCAGAGCACUGUCCGUGCGGACCCCUGCAUGAAAUUUCACGAGGGCAUCGCAACAGCCGUUACUGAUGCCCUCGUGACUGAUAGCAAUGUGCUCAGCACCUUGACCCCUGAAUAA